AUGAGAUUCUUGUGUCUGCCUGGAGCAUAUGGAAGUGCUGAUGCAAGUACCAUUUCAUGGUCAUACUCUUGACGCGUAGGCUAAUAAAUUAAUAGAAGUUCAAAGUGCAACUUGGUAUGGAAUCAUUCCUAUCCCGUGGAUGCUAGGUCUCAAAGCAACCUCACUUACAUAUCUUUAGCCCCGCUUGUUAAAGAACUACGUUCUGACAACACCGCUGAAUUACAUUUCAUACAUGGUCCAGUCGAUGCAUUUCCACCUGAGGGAUUUGAAGACUAUUUUGGCCCUGGUCCACAUUACCGAUUCAUUGAGCCACCGAAAUCUGCAGGGAGUGGCAGCGAUGUGCUUGACAGAAUUCGAAAUUUCCCUAAGGGCGAAACUGCGGAAAACCAGAUGCGAGAACUGAUGAGGGGUGAAGGCUCAAUUGCCGUCGUCGCUGAUCCUGAUGAUCGCUCUGGCCUAGAAAGCGCACAGUAUGCAAUGGAAUAUCUCUUCGACAUAAUGGAAAAGGAUGGCCCAUUUGAUGGUAUUCUAGGAUACUCUGAGGGUGCUACCAUAGCAUCGACCCUCCUUCUGAUCGAGCAAAAGAAAUUUGAAGAAACUGGUAGACCACCAAUGUUCAAAUGUGCGCUUUUCUUUGCAGGCUGGCCACCUUUGACCCCAGAACUUGAUGGAAUUGUUCUAGCAGACGAGUCAGAUUUGAUGAUUACCAUUCCCACAUGUCACAUCAGUAGGUUCAACCUUUUCAUACUUACUAUCCAUGCUAACUCUCUUCGAAGUUGGAUCUCUAGAUCCCUACCUUGCAGGUUCCGUUGCUCUCUACAACGUAUGUGAUGGUGACACUGCACAUCUAUUUGAUCACGCCAAAGGCCACACCCUACCACGAGACAAGGAGACCGUCCGAGAACUUGCUGAUAUCGUACGAAGAAUGGCUGCUGAUAUUCGAUGUGAUUCUGACUCCGACGCUGGAAUGAUGUAA